GACGCGAGCCUGGCUCCAUGGACUUUCCCCUCAUCCCUUCUUUGUUUUUCCGCUAUUUCUAAGAUAGAGGGGAGGAAUAAUCAGCAUCAAAGAUGGCGGCGCUCAAUCCGCUGGUUUGUAUCGUGGAUUUCCAUCAUGCGCGAGGCCCAGAGGUAGAGACCUGGAUAGGCGCAGAAGAAGGCACCGAUCCCGCAACCGACAACGAGUGGUCCUUGCUACCCUUCAUGGCAUUGAGCGAUGGAGCGCACGCCUCCGUAGAAGAUUAUUCUUACUUCACGCUCCGUCGGUCGCAUACGCCUACCCACCCCGCUACGUCCCUCUUCGGCAUAUCGUGCACGCGCCAACUCGACGCGAGUAAAUUGAUUGAUCGGCCCGCGGAGGUCACGAGGAGUACGGUGCAGAAGGCGGUGGUGGUGAUUAGUGAUAGCCCGCAGCAUUUUGGCGCGAUCAAGGCGCAGUUGGGGGUUGUUGUUGCGGCUUGGUUUGCGCAGAGGGACUUCACAGACAUCGAGAUACUGCAGCGGUUCCAGGAGAGCCUACCUCAACUACUCAAGAAUCAGGAGGGGCAGGCAGAUCACUACUUUGGUAUAUCCCUCCGCGAGUUCAUACAUGAGUUCAAGUGGCAGACGCUUGUGCUCUUCAAGUGCGCGUUACUUCAACCAAAGGUCCUUUUCUUUGGCUCUCAUUGCGAACGGUUAUGCAUGAUGCAGUUUGCUCUUAUUUCUCUGAUACCCGGCCUUACUCGCCACCUCCAAGAUGCUGCCGAUCCCAAGUUUAACUCCUGCGAGGAAAAGAUUGUCAUGCCUACUUCUUUAAAAACAUCCGAGCGAAGUUCAUUGCUUGCUUACAUGGGCCUUCCGCUUCAACUCUUUGGCAAAGGCUCGCUUUUUGGACCAUAUACCCCGCUUCAGCAGCUUGAUAUGUUGGCUGAUCAAGAUACCAAAUCGUAUAUCGUUGGCUCCACAAACUCAUUACUACUGCAGCAAAAGGAUCGAUAUAGCGACAUCCUUGUCAACCUCGACGAACAUACCGUGAACAUCACCUCGGCGUCACUUCGCCAGGCCUCCCAACUUUCCACACCCGAUCGCAGGUGGAUAGACUUUCUAACGCAGACGGUAAACGACACAUGGGACGAGUCCAAUCCCGUCCGACCCAAAGACCACGGCUACGCUGGCAGCGAGGAGUUUAUUCGUAUGCAAUUCGAGGAGUAUCUCCUCGCAAUGCUCAGCUCAGUCAAGUACAAGUUGUACAUUGAGAAAAACGCGCACAAAGAAAACCUGAUCACGGACGUCGAAGGGGAGCCAGCGAGCGAAUUCUCGAACGACUGGGUACACGCCUGGAUGCAAACCGAAAACUUCCGAAUAUGGAACAAAUUCACCGACUCGCACCUGUUCGACAUUGUCGAUCCCAAGCACCCCUGCUCCGGCGGCCUGUCAAUCGAGGAUGUUCAGCGCAGACUUGCACAUAGGCAAGUAGCGGAAAUGCAUCUCGACGAACGCCUAGAGAAAUCAAGAGACGUGAUUGGAAAACAGAUCGCCGUCGGUCAGCAGAAGGUCUCUUCGGCGUAUAACCGCAUGUGGGCCGAGAUGGAGGCUAUGCGUGAGGCGCAAAAGAAGAGGCAGGAGGAGCAGAGACUACAGGCCGAGAAGGAGGGGAAGCCCAUCGACGAUAGGAAGUGGAAAGCACAAGCCCCCGAUCUCUCCCACGCUCAAGCCAAUAUACACGCCGCAGGCACUCGUGCCGGCGCCUACUUUUCCUCGUGGGGCAAUUGGGCCAGCGAAAAGCGCAAGGGAUGGGGCACCGCGAAGACACCUGUUUCGUCGCCACCGCCCAGCGCAGGACCAAUGCCCGGCGAUGUGAAGCGAGCGGAAGAGUUUAAGCGAGAGAAGGACAGGACGGUGGGAGGUGCGACGUCGCCACCUCCCUCAGCAGCAACAGCAGAUGUCAAGAGGGAAAGUUUGUUCUUUGAUGCAGAGAGGGAUAAGGCGAUAACGGCAGUGGAGAAGAAUUAGGUAGUAACGCUUAUGUCGAUUUGCAUUGGAUGAGAGGGAUGUUAUGAUAUAUAAAUAUUAUGAGAGAGAUAUCUGUUUGUAGUUUGACUGCCUGUAUGGCGUACACCACCCUCCUGGAUACUCCGUAGCAAGUAAUCAAUGGUGCUACUAUGUAC